AUGGGCAAUAACGUUAGUGAUAAUCGGUUUAAUAGCUUUAAUAAUAAACACAAUAAAAAAUUUAGAUUUAGAAAAUUUACAAAUGUACCUUCAUUAAACUCAAAAAGUUCAAAGAAUUCUCGACACUCAUCGAAAAAGUCAGACGAAAUUAAUGUUUAUAUUGAUGGUAGAAGGUAUCUCGAAAAUUCAAAAUACUCUUUACCAAACGAUGACGAGGAGGCUGAUAGAUUACACAUGCAACAUUACGUUACGAGAUUUAUAUGGCAAAAAAAUUUUUGUUCUCCAGUAAAAAAUUUAUUAAAUUAUGGAAAUGCGCAAGUUUUAGAUGUCGGAUGUGGUAGCGGGACAUGGGUUCUUGAGAUGGCUUCUGAAUUUCCACAAUCACAAUUUACAGGAAUAGACAUUUCGCCAAUGUAUCCAUCACAAGUUAAACCUGGCAAUGUAGAAUUUUUACAUGUCGAUGUUUUAAAAGGUUUACCUUUCAAUGACAAUACGUUUGACUUUGUGGUUAUAAGAAAUAUGAUAACUGCGUUUUCAUCAAGUGAUUGGAAAUUUUGUAUACAAGAAUUAAUCAGGGUCACUAAACCAGGUGGAUAUAUCGAGAGUUCCGAAUUUGAAAUUCCUGCGUUGAAUAGAGGACCUGUUUCAAAAAGAAUGUCAGAUGCAUGGAUUGCAAUAAUGAAAACUAAAGAUAUUGAUAUAACAUAUUCGAAUAAGCUCGAAGAACUUUUUGCAUCAUAUGAAAGUUUAACAAACAUUAGGCAUAAAAUGAGGCUACUUCCUAUAGGUAAAUGGGGUGAAAGAGUCGGUGAAAUUAUGUCGGAAGAUUUGAUAUUACUCUCGAAAGCUUUAGGGCCUGUUCUAAUACCUGCUUGGGGUAUAGGGAUUGAUCAAUAUAAUGAAUUUAUCGAAGUUUUACCGGACGAAUUGACCGAGUACAAAACUUUUACAAAUAUUCAUGUUAUUUAUUCCCAAAAACUUAAUGUAAUAUAA